UCUCCUCGAAUGCCCUCCAAGCAUCGUUAUCACGAAGAUCCUUUAUCAUUAGUUCUCUGAACAAAUACUGCUAGGUCCGAGCAAGUCGCCAUGCAUACCUCCUGGCUUCUACUCAGCCUCGCAGCUGCAGCUGCAGUCUUUGCCCAGGAAGAACAGGACCUCAACCUUUUCCACUAUGGCGGACGAGGUCCUCUCCUAGGAACCUCCUUCGGUGCACCCGGUGUAAACGCAACCUUUGACUAUAUCGUCAUUGGAGGUGGAACUGCUGGCUUGACGAUCGCGAGUCGUCUUGCCCAGAGUGAACGCUUCAGCGUUGCGGUUGUCGAAGCGGGCGGAUUCUCCGAGAUCGACAAUGGCAACUGGUCCGUCGUGCCUGCGUACACUCGAGGGCUCUUUUGCGGGGACGCCCCCGAGGCGUAUCAUCCACUGAACGAUUGGGGCUUCAAGACGCAGCCCCAGCAAGUCCUGGGUGGCCGUGUCUUCCACUGUGCGCACGGCAAGCUUCUAGGAGGCAGCUCCGCUCAGAAUAGUAUGAACUAUAACCGCCCUACCAAGAACAGCAUGCAAAAGUGGGCAGAAGAAGUGGGUGACGAGAGCUAUGCUUUCGAAAGCAUGCUGCCGUGGUACAAGAAGUCUGUGCGCUUUACUCCGCCGGACCCAGCCAUCUGGGGUGAUUAUGACAUUCUGCAUAACAGGGACGCCUUCGAUGAUGGUGGUCCUCUUGAAGUCUCGUCGGGGAAUUGGAUCGAUCCGUUGGCUAACACUCUACGCAAAGUCCUGACUGAUAGGCUUGGGUUCAAAGAGACGGAAUUUAACAGUGGCAGCCUGCUGGGCUCCGGGUUCAUGAGCCGAACUAUCAAUCCGAAGAAUGCCCAUCGUUCCUCAUCCGAGUCCAGCUUCUUGCAAGAGGCACUCGAUAGUGGAAGCAAGCUGACAAUUUACAAGAGCACGCUCGCCCAGAAGAUAUUGUUCAACGGCGGAGACAAGACCGCUUCCGAGGUCCUCGUCUCAGCAGCCGGCACGUUUGGUACCUCGAACCUCGAUUUUUACCUCAAGGCUCGCAAAGAGAUCAUACUCUCAGCCGGACCCAUACAGUCUCCGCAACUGCUCAUGGUCUCUGGUAUUGGGGAAUGCGAACAGAUUUCUAGAUAUGGUAUUCCCUGUAUUAGCCACUUGCCAGGUGUUGGUAAGAACAUGCAAGAUCAUCCUGUCGUGAUUACAACAUGCCGUGUGAACGAGCACAUGGUGCCUUCUUUGGUGACUGAAGAGGCAUCAAACCAACUACAUAUACGACAGUUUCUUGAGAACGCCCGAGGGCCAUUGACAAUCAUAGGGCCCGGGUACUUUGGCUUCGAAAAGCUGCCGCAGCAAUACCGUUCCCAGCUAUCUGAGGAGAAUCUCAUGAGUCUUGCAGACUUUCCCGGGGACUGGCCCGAGAUCGAAUGGGCAUUUAGUGGUGUGAGCCGAGCCACCGAUGCUUCUGAGGGAAACUACACCAUCGCCAUGGGAUCAAUAAUUCAGGCUACGUUCUCUCGUGGGAUGGUCUCGUUGGCCAGUCCAGACAUGUCCACGCCGCCUAUCAUUGAUCCACAGUGGCUUGCUGACCCGAGAGACAUGGAUACCUCGAUUCAAGCGUUCAGGCGCAGUCGUGAGGUUUGGACCCAGCUUGCUGAGAUUGGAGUAGUCGAUCUGGAAGCGUGCGUGCCGGGGUCCGAGGUGGAGGCGGAUUAUCAGGUGCGCGAGUUCGUUAGACAAGAUACGUCAGCGAUCAACCAUGCCUCAUGCACGUGCAAGAUGGGACAAAAGGGCGAUGAUAUGGCAGUCAUCGACAGUGCUGCCCGAGUAUUUGGGGUGCAACGUCUGCGGGUUGUGGAUAUCAGCAGUUUCCCCUUCUUGCCACCGGGCCAUCCGCAGGCAACUGUCUACGCCCUGGCUGAGAAGAUUGCAGAUGAGAUACUGCAAGCAAACCCUUGAUUAGGUGUGGUGCGGUGGACUGCCCUCGUGUGCCGACUUUGG